GCCGCAUUGAGCAUUGAGCGCGCGCUCUCCCGUGGUCUCGAUGCGCUGAUGCACCCGCCGUCCAGCGCUGCGAGCCCGUCGCUGUCGUGGAACUAAUCGCACGGACACUGCCGCCCACACGACCCACAGCAGCGCGAGGAGCCUGGCGACAAGAUGCAGCAGCAGCAGACGCUCGCCAGUGAUGCAUAUCCCUCCUCCAACAAAGGAUCCUCUUGGCUCGCGCGCGUCUCCCACCGCGCUUCACAUCUGCCCGUGGGCAGCAGCAGCAGUAGCAGGCCGCCGCUGAGCCUCCGCCCAACACCAUCGGCGACAUCCACCUCUGCCGGCGCCAGUCCUGUGCUCCCCCUGGGCACCUUCGCGUCAUCCGGCUUUGCGGACUCGCUCGAGCAGCAGCUGUACGCGGUGCAGCAGCGCAACUCGCUCGACCACGAGAAGGACCAGCGCCCCGCUGCCGCCGCGAGCCCGACCGAGACGGAGUUCCAAGCGACGCCCAUCGACGCCAGCUUUGGCGAUCGCAUCGACCAGCAACACUCCGGCAGAACCUCGUCUGAUCUGCCAAUCUUCCCGACGCAGCAGAGGAGUCGAAGCGGUACCGUCACGCGUGAGGACAAGCCCCUGCCCGCGCAGCCUGCACACGCCCACGAGCACAAGGACAGCGGCAUGGACAAGUACACGCGGCAGGCGGGAGACAGCGCCUACGACAGUGACGCCGAGGCCGACGACGAAUUUGAGCGCUCCGUAUUCACAUCGCCGAACGUGGGCACGCAUUUUGACGAGCAGAGCGAUCACCCUUCGGAUUCCGAGGACGACCAGUCGCUGUUGGAUGGCGAGGACACACCGACGACGCAAGGCUGGGCGGACAGAGAUGGCAGGAGCCCAACUGGGAAGGUGACGCAGUGGAACGAGGAGGAAGUCGCGGACUACAUAGCCGCGCUAUCGCCAGCAUUGAAACAGUAUGGCCAGCAGUUUGUGGAGGAAGGCGUCAAUGGCGAGGCUCUGAUAGCUUUGGGGCAUGACGAAUUACGAGAACUAGGAGUGGCGAGUGUGGGACACAGACUCACGAUACUCAAAGCCGUUUAUGAGCAGAAAAUGCGCGCGGGUGUGAAAAUUGAAGAGGGGGAUUACGUGCCACUUUCAGCGGAGGGAGAAAAGGCAGAGAUGAACGCGACCCAGGAUGAUAUUGCACGCAUCAUUGAGUCGCUCAGGCAACGUGACCAGCGCAUUCAAUCUGCAGAGGCGGAAUUGAAGGCUAUGCGGGACUACCUGGAACGAAUAUCAGAUGAAAACAGGAAGCUGCGGGAAGAGACUUUGCCAAUCAUGAGAUUAGUGAAGGACCAGAGGACACCAUUACCGGACCCGGCCGGUGGCACGAUUCCCUCGCCUCGCGAGACCGACCCUGCCAACAGGCUGAUGGAGCAAAUCCAGAACAAGGGCAGCUCGCUAAGUCGGAAAUUCUCCACAAAGAAGCUGUUCCUGAAUAAGGACGGCACCAAGCAGAACUCGCCUACGCACCCUCCACAGACUCGAGAAGUGAGAGACGAUGGAGGAGGACAUCUUGAGGCAUCAGCAGCGGCAAUGGCCGCAAGCAGUCAUCUCACAGCGAGCAUGACUAGUCAGGCCAGCCCGAAUAGUAUUCACGGCCAACAACUGAGUCCCACAAGUCCAGCUUACAGCACGCACCCACCCCCGAGCACAACCGCCCGAUCGUUCCCUCAGCACAACCCACGCGCGUACAGUACCGAUAACGAUGCUUCGUACGCGAACAACCAUUACAGCCAGGCCAGCACUCUCAACGAAGACUCUGGGAGGAGUCUACGGCAACAAGAUCGCGCACGGCGACAAGCCCCGACACCCAGUCCGCGAGAAGAAGCAACGCCAGAUGCUGGCAAAGACCGAGACAAUCCGCAGGUUGAGAUAUUCAAGAGCUUCCGUGUGAGCAUAGAUGACCCUUGCCGAGUGGUUUUGCCUGUGGCUCUCAAGCGGUACAACAUUACAGAUGACUGGCGGCAGUACGCCCUGUAUAUUGUACACGGUGAUCAAGAACGAUGUCUGGGCUUGGAAGAGAAGCCACUACUCCUGUUUAAGCAACUGGACAAAGAGGGCAGAAAACCAAUGUUUAUGCUUCGACGUCAUGCUUCGCCGCAGGAAGGGUGGAGCAACACUUCUGGGAGUGGCGCACCAGCGCAUGCCCAGGAGCCGAAGGUCAGUCUUAGCGGUGCGAAGCAGGCCUAUAAUGCGAGGGUCCGCUGACAAGUGCGCAGCAAGUGCCAGGGGGAGUAUUGUAAGGACAGUAAUUUUCAAUAGUAAAAACAUCGUCAAGACGACACAGCGUACACGAUGCGGGGACGCCAAUGCUCAGAUGUGCAAGAGCUCAAGCCGCGUAGUAUUAUCAUGAGACACGAGACGACGUUCGCAACGGCGCUUUCCAG